AUGACGGCCCCCCAAGCUCUCCUGCUCUGCUCUUGCUUAGCGCUGCUGCUCCAGCCGGGCUCCUGCCAGCCCUACCUGCGGCUCCGGCCCUCCCCCAGCGACAGCCUGCCUGUCAAGGACAUCAUCGAGCAUCCCGACCCGGAGUAUGACCCCAAGGAGCAAGACCUGGACGAGCGGACUUUGAGGAAGAAGCUGGGCAGCAACUUUGACCCCAGUUUCAUGUCCGUGGCGGCCCCAGCCCAGGCCAACAACCUGUCUGCUUCGGAUGCCCUGCACCGGUUCAAAGGCCUUGGCCCGCUGCCCAACGAGCUGAAGAAGCUGGACUUGGGCGAGACUCCCUAUGGGACCAGGCUCAAGAUGGGCAAGAAAGCCCGCCGGAAGUUUCUGCAGUGGCUUUGGGCGUACACCUAUUGCCCGGUGCUGUACACCUGGAAGGAUCUGGGACUGAGGUUCUGGCCUCGCUACAUCAAGGAAGGGAACUGCUUUGCGGAGAAGUCCUGCUCCUUCCCUGAGGGCAUGUCCUGUAAGCCAGUCAAGUCAGUCACCAAGACCUUCCUGAGAUGGUACUGCCAAGGGUGGUCAAAGCAGAAAUAUUGCACCUGGAUUCCUGUCCAGUACCCUGUGAUUUCAGAAUGCAAAUGCUCCUGCUAG